AUGGCGAAGGCUGGUCACCGUAGCCAAAACGAGGUAGACAAUUCGAUGACUUUAAAUUAUGCAAUGGCAUCCGACCCGUUCGAAUCCUGGAAAUCUUUCCUUUUUCUUCAUAAAAAUGUCAUCAAUCCCUGGUUCCUUACAAUGCUCGUUACCUGGAGAACAUUAUUCUUCCGUGGUAGCGAAAUGAUCGUGUCGGAGCAAAAUUGGUCUAAGGUCGAAUCAGGUGGUGAAUGGUUACAACGAUGA